GCUGGCUUGCGACUGGGAGGGGGCCGCGGCCGGCCUGCACUGAGGUGGCCCGCCCGGCUCCGGCGCUCAGAACCUUCGGGAACAGCCCCCCGCCAGGCCGGCCCCUUCCCUCAGGCUCUCUCCGCCCGAUUUCGCCACCGUUAUGUGGGAAGCGAAUCCGCAGCCAGCCAACUUUCAAACAUGAAGGAAAAAUCCAGAAAAUAAUCACAAAGCGUCCCUUGGAGAGCGUUUCCAAACAUGAGUGAAAAAUAACGCGCCCCUGCACUCAUCUCAGGAGAUGUUUCACAGAGCAGAAGAAUUUUUACCCAAAAGGACAGAUAACGACAUGGACGAGAUGGACACGUCGGAUACCCAAUGGGGCUGGUUCUACCUGGCAGAGUGUGGGAAGUGGCACAUGUUCCAGCCGGAUACCAACAUUCAGUGUUCAGUUAGCAGCGAAGAUAUCGAACAAAGCUUCAAAACAAAUCCUUGUGGUUCCAUUUGUUUUACUACUUCCAAAUUCAGCUACAAGAUAGACUUUGCAGAGAUGAAGCAAGUGAACCUCACCACGGGCAAGCAGCGCCUGAUAAAAAGAGCUCCCUUUUCCAUCAGUGCUUUCAGUUACAUCUGUGAAAAUGAGUCGAUCCCCAUGCCACCCCACUGGGAGAAUGUGAAUACUGACGUGCCCUACCAGCUUAUUCCUUUGCACCAUCAAACACAUGAAUAUAAUGAAGUGGCUAGUCUUUUUGGGAAAACAAUGGAUCGCAACAGAAUUAAAAGAAUUCAGAGAAUUCAAAACCUAGACUUGUGGGAGUUCUUUUGCAGGAAGAAGGCUCAGCUCAAGAAGAAAAGAGGUGUGCCUCAGAUCAACGAGCAGAUGCUCUUUCACGGGACCAGCAGUGAAUUUGUGGAAGCCAUCUGCAUUCAUAACUUCGACUGGAGGAUCAAUGGCAUUCACGGUGCCCUCUUUGGGAAAGGAACCUAUUUUGCCAGAGAUGCUGCUUAUUCCAGUCGCUUCUGCAAAGAUGACAUCAAGCACGGAAACACAUUCCAAAUUCAUGGUGUGAGCUUUCAACAGCGGCGCCUACUGAGAGCGUACAAGUCCAUGUUUCUUGCCCGAGUGUUAAUUGGAGAUUACAUAAAUGGCGACUCCAAGUACAUGCGACCCCCUUCCAAAGAUGGGAGCUACGUGAAUUUAUAUGACAGCUGUGUGGACGACACUUGGAAUCCCAGGAUCUUUGUGGUGUUUGAUGCCAACCAAAUCUAUCCUGAGUACUUAAUAGACUUCCACUGACUUCACUUCCAAAGCCCAACAGUCAAGGACAUUUUCUUCUUCUUCUUCUGGUUUUUUUUUUUUAAACAAGAGGAUUUGCUCUCCUGUCAUCUAGCCACUAAAUGUUAUUUCUCUGACACUUUUGAAACCUGUGGAAAAAGUGGCCUCCAUAUAAAGAGACAUAGUGACUUUAAGGUUGAUUUUUUUCUUUCUGUUGUUGUUUGGUUUCUGUCCAUUACUCCAGGUCAUAUUUGUU